AUGCUAGUUUCUCAAGUCACCGCGGUGAAGGCCGCCUUCAUAUCACUUCCAUUCGUUGGCGCUGGACUUGUUGCCUCACAAUCAUCUCGUGAUAGUACAACUUCAAAAUCUUCUGUGGCGUCAGAUGUAUCGUCGCCUGCGCACGGGGACUCAUUCGCAAGAAGGAGUAUGAUCUCCACUACGGAUGGUGCUGUAGAGGAUACAUCUAUACAAUCCAGUCUGCCUACAUGGGAUCAAACGCACAACGGCAUCGCCGCAAGCUAG